AUGAAGUCCACUGUUUUCAUGCCACUGGCCUCAGUCGUUGCAUUGCUUCCGACUUUCGCACAAGGACUUGUGAACCCUAUCAUUCCGGGGUUUAAUCCGGACCCAACGAUCAUUAGAGUUGGUCAAGACUUCUUCCUUGCAACUAGCACUUUUGAGUUCUUUCCCGGCGUCCCCAUUUACCACUCAACCGACCUCGUGAAGUGGGAAAACAUUGGCCAUGCACUAUCGCGGCCGUCCCAGCUGAACAUGCGCGGUACCGCUCCGAGUGGUGGUAUCUUUGCGCCAACGCUGAGACACCACGACGGUCUCUUUUACUUGAUUGACACAGUGUUCGACGUGAUCAGCCCUCCGGACAAUGUUACACGGGUGCCCCGUUCAUUUUACGUCACGACCCCGAAUAUAUUUGAUCAGGCUAGUUGGAGUGAACCUACAUAUGUUGACCAGUGGGGCUUCGACCCGGACCUCUUUUUUGACGAUGAUGGGAAAGUCUAUUUGACUUCGACAUUCUCUGAAUUUGUCGAGAAUGGUAAUUUUGCAAACUGGAUCACCGAGAUCGAUAUCAAGACUGGCGACUCCUUGAGUAAUUCCCGUGUUCUCCACACGACAACGGUACCUCCAGAGCUUGGCUACCCACUCACUCUGGACGGGCCGUGGGAAGGAAACCCUCAUAACCCUGUAUUGUGGAAUGGCGAAGAUAUGUCUCUGCCAGUACUUGCUACGGGGCACGCAGACAUUGUUGACGACGCCGAUGGAAACUGGUGGGCCGUUUUCCUAGCGAUUCGACCACAGAAUCCUAGGAACAGUACUGGACUUCCUCAGCUUGGUCGCGAGACCUUCCUGUGUCCUGUUACAUGGGACGCUGACGGGUGGCCCAUGUUCAACAACAACGAGCCGAUUGCUGAAUACAUGCCCGACGUUCUGUACGACUUGAACCGGCCCAAGAUAUGGCGCGACGAUUUCGAGGGUGGACUCACUGAUGAAGCCUACUACUAUACACGGACACCAUACAAAGGCUUCACAGACUUCGAGUCCAGCCCUGGCAAGCUCCGAAUCAGAGGCAAUGUUUACACUCUGAACGAUCGCGAAACCCCGGCAGCACUACUUCGCAAGCAGGUCGACAUCAAUACUACCUUUAGCACCGAAGUCAGCUCUUUCAGCCCGGCAUCGUGGAGACAGGAGGCCGGUGCGAGUGUCUAUCUCAGCAUUCACUACCACAACGAAGUCGCCAUGACUUACUCGAAUGAUACUGGUAGGCGAUGCAUAGUCACGCACACUAGAACGGGUCCCGACGCUACACUCAAUACUACCUACAUUGAGGAUGAGGAUGUUGCCAAUGGUGAGCCAGUGAAGCUUUUCAUCGAGGCCAAGGAUGUAGAAUAUCGUUUAGGAUACUCUACAGGCGAUAAAGCGCCAAGUUGGCUUGCGACUGUUGAGAAUCGCUGGCUCCAGUCAUACGUUGAGGGCUGGCAGAACUUCGUCGGAACCCAUUUCGCGAUCUACAGUACCGGAACCAGACUUCCGACUCUAAAUCCUGCGGACUUUGAGUACGUCCAGACUGAACUGAACUAG